AUGUCGCCCUCUGGUCGCCUGUGUCUCUUCAUCACCGUUGGCCUGAUUCUCCCCACCAGAGGACAGAUAUCAAAUGAGGUCAUAACUCCAGCAGAUCCAGCAACUGAAAUCAUUGAUGUCCUUACUCCAGCCCUAGAUGAGGAACAAGGAAUGGAAGCAACACCGAAGCAGACAGAGACCCAGACUCAGCAAACGACAGAAACGGAGGUGCUUCUAACAACAGGUCAGGGGACAGACAAGAGCACGACACAAGGCUCUACGCCCUCCAAGACGAAAUCCCCUGCCAAUCCCACUCACGGCUCCACGCCCUCCAAGACACAAUCCCCAAGCAGGGACGAGAGGAGGGACUCCAUCCUCAGACAGCCUGGUUCAAAGGAGGAUGACCCCUUCUUCUAUGACGAGGACACUCUCCGGAAACGGGGGCUGAUGGUGGCAGCAGUGUUGUUCAUCACAGGCAUCGUCAUCCUCACCAGUGGCAAGUGCAGACAGUUGCCCCGAUUGUGCUGGAAUCGUGACAGAUGA